AUGCCAAGCCCCCCCCAAGACCUGCUAAAUGUCAUGGAUAGUCUACGCCUCGCUGAACUGGAUGAGGAUGUCCUCUGCAUCACCAACUCCAGUAUCCUCGGAACCCAAGCUGCCGAGUUGCUCGCCCACGAAAGCACCUCCCACCUCGAGAGACUUCUCUUAACCAUCACCAUCGGCAUCGUCAACCAAAACGCGAUCCUCAUCCGUCAGUUGGAAGAGCUCACAGAUGGGCACGAGAAAACUGCCUCCCAACUUUCCACCAUCGGUAACAAAGUGGACAGGGCUCAUGACCGUAUCAGCGCCCUCUCUAGAGUUGCCCCACCUCCACCAACGCCACAAGUAACCACUACCCCCAGAAACCCCCCUGCCGCACAGCAGACCCAGCGAAACGCCCAGCCGCAACCCCGCCCCCAGCAGCAGCCCACCAACCCCCCUCAAUCCGCUACCAGGCCAAACAGAGCCACUACCCAACAGACCCGCUCAUAUGUCCAAGGUCAACGCUGA